AUGGCUUUGAACGGAAAAGUUGUGCUUCUUACCGGAGCUUCCAUGGGCAUUGGCGAGGCUAUUGCUCAUGCCUUGGCCAGCCAAGGAGCAAAGCUGGCACUUGUGUCGAGAACAGAGUCUACUUUGAAGGAGUUAUCGGCGCGCAUACAGUCGCAACACUCGGGAUGCGUAGCCAAGUACUACGCCCUAGAUGUCGGAAAUUACGAAUCAGUCGACAAAGGUGUAGCGCAAGCCGUCAAGGACCUGGGACAGAUUGACAUCCUAAUUAACAAUGCUGGUCUUGCGCUGGGAACUCCAGCUCGCUUCCCAGAUCUCAUGAUCUCAGACAUUGUCACCAUGAACAAUACCAAUGUCAAUGGAUACAUGUUCAUGACGCAUUCCGUGCUGAAUCACUCCAUGAUGCCGCGGGGAGGUCAAGGCACCAUCCUCAACAUCACUUCGGUAACGGGUCUUGAGGCUCCGCCGUUCCCAGGAGAGACGGUGUACCAUGCGAACAAGGCAUUGCAGGAGGCUUUCACCAACGGUCUCAGGAACGAGCUGAGCGAAACAAACAUCAGGGUUUUGGCCUUGCGCCCAGGAGUGGUGGAUACGCAUUUCCACACACAACGUGUCGGUUAUGACAAGGACAUGCAUGAGGGCUUUAUGAAGGGAUUCCAACCGCUGGAUGCCAAUGAUAUUGCCGGGGCAGCUAUUUUCAUGCUGAGCCAGCCACUAAACUAUUCGGUCAAGGCGCUGGACGUCGUACCAACAGCGCAACGAUCUCUGAAUGUGUUUGAUAGAAAAUGGAAUGAGCGCAACAGUAAAGGCAAGGAAUAG